AUGCCUUCUGAGAGCCCUUCAGAUAUUAAAGCCCAAGGUGGCCAAGAUGACCACAAGGGCGGGCCUACUGUCGAGACUCAUACGACAGAUUCAGAGUCAGGCAGAGGGGUCGAUGAGAUGCAAAAGGCCGGGGAGGUAAACGAAUUACCACCGGUAGAAGCAUUUAAAUGGAAUGUCGAUGGGGAUCAAUCACCGUUCCCUGAAGUGGCCGCAUGCGUGUCUAACACGGAUGAUCCAACCAUGCUCUGCAAUACUGCUCGAGCGUGGAUACUAAUGACAAUUUUCGUUAUGUUAUUUUCGGGCGUUAACCAAUUCUUUGGCCUGCGAUACCCUUCUCUCACGAUCGGUUAUGUUGUAGCCCAGCUUCUCGUGUUUCCCAUCGGUCGGGCAUGGGAAAAGCUUCCCCGUUGGAGGGUACCCUUGGGAAGGCUGUCAUUCGAUAUCAACCCGGGAAAGUUCACUGUCAAAGAGCAUGCAUUUAUUGUCAUCUGUGUCAAUAUCAGCGCUUCUACGCCUUAUGCGCAAGGAUCACUAAUGGCAAUCAUUCACCCUCGGUUCUGGGGACGCGACUUCGGACCAGGCUUCUCUUUUCUGUACCUUCUGACCACCCAGAUGAUAGGCUUUGGUCUGGCCGGCCUUGCUCGUCGGUGGAUUGUCUACCCAGCCGCUCUCAUCUGGCCCACGUCUCUUUCCUCCACCGUUCUCUUUCGUGCUCUUCACGAGCGUGAAGAUCGGUCUCCUGCAAAUGGCUGGACCAUCACUCGAUACCGCUUCUUUGCUUAUUUUACAAUUUUCGGCUUCGUGCUUUUCUGGUUCCCCGACUAUAUCUGGACCAGUCUCAGCUCGUUUGCGUUUAUCACAUGGAUUGUGCCUCACAACCAGGUGGUCAAUACAUUGUUCGGAAUGAACUCGGGCUUAGGGCUUCUGCCCAUCAGCCUCGACUGGACCGAGAUAAACUACGCCGGGUUUCCACUGACCACUCCGUUCUACAUCACUUGCAAUGCGUUCGCAACGAUUGUCAUUUUCUUUUUCUUCCUUUCGCCCAUUCUCUACUAUACCAAUGUCUGGAACAGUGCUUACCUACCACUCCUAUCGGCGAACACGUUUGACAACACCGGCCAGUCCUAUAACAUCACAAAAGUGGUUGAUGCUAACUUAAACUUUGUCGAGAGCAAAUACCAAGCCUACUCUCCAAUGUACAUCUCUAUGGCGUACGCUCUUACUUACGGCCUCGGUUUUGCUGCAGUCACAGCCGUGAUCGUGCACACCUAUCUCUACAACGGUCGCGAAAUCUGGGCCAAACUCAAAAACGCGCGCGCCGGUGGCGAGGACAUCCAUCGUCGACUAAUGCAUGCUUAUAACGAUGUGCCGGACUGGUGGUACGGAAUAUUGACCGUUAUUGUGCUCGGGUUGGGCGUUCUCACCGUACGAUACUGGGACACGGAGUUACCCGUCUGGGGAUUCCUUGUCGUCUGCUUUGGCAUGGGUGUCGUAUUGAUCCUGCCGGAGGGAAUCCUACAAGGCACGACUAACCAGCGAGUGUUUCUAAAUAUCAUCACGGAGCUAAUCGCAGGGUAUGCAUAUCCCGGAAGCGCGAUCGCAAACACCAUGGUCAAGUGCUACGGGUAUAACUCAAUUAAGCACGCCAUGGACUUUGCCCAAGACCUCAAAAUGGGACAGUAUAUGAAAAUCCCACCACGUCCCCUCUUUGCCGGCCAAAUAUAUGCAUCUAUUAUCGCGACCAUGACUCAAACUGGAGUUCUGCGCUGGAUGCUUGGGCAUAUAUCCGGGCUCUGUGACCCUAAGAACCCCAAUCGCUUUACCUGCAAUGGCUCCAAGGUGAUGUACAAUGCAUCCAUCAUCUGGGGAACAAUCGGUCCACAUAGAAUGUUCCAACAGGGACAAGUAUACAACAGCCUCAUGUACUUUUUCCUCAUCGGCCCCGUUGUCACUGUCAUCGUGUACCUCCUUUACCGGCGAUAUCCCAACAGCUGGUUAAAGUACGUGAACGUACCGAUCUUCUUCAAUGCCGCUGGCAAUAUCCCACCAGCUACUACAACGCAAUACUCCCUCUGGUUCAUUGUCGGCUUCAUAUUCAACUUCUGGAUCCGCCGACGCGCGUUCGAGUGGUGGAAGCGAUAUAAUUAUCUCCUCCAGGCGGCCAUGGAUACAGGCACUGCUCUGGCUACGAUCCUCAUUUUCUUCGCAUUGAGCUACACCGGUACCAAGCUUAGCUGGUGGGGCAAUAAUGUUGGGUCUAAUACUUAUGAUUCGCAGUCUGUUCCCUACCUAAAAGUCUCCGCUGGGGGCCAUUUUGGUCCGGGGCCUGGCGAGUUCAAGUAG